AUGAAUUACGCUAUUCAAGUAAAAAACUUUACCAAAAGAUUUAAUAAUAAAACCGUGGUUAACAAUGUUUCUUUUCAAGUAAAAAAAGGAAGUAUCCAUGGCUUUAUUGGUCCUAACGGUUCCGGCAAAAGCACUACUCUUAAUGCUCUUUUAGGUUUAGUUAUUGCCAGUAGUGGUGAAUUAUUGAUUGAAGGCAAAAAAGUAAUUGCUGACCCUCAUUUUAGUGCUAAUGUGGGCUAUGUUCCCGCCGAACCACUUUUUCCGCGGAAUAUGAAAGUAAAACAAUUUGUGGAAUUUGUGGGGCUACUCCGCGACAUUUCCGUAACCCAAUACCGCCAAAAAUUAGCGACUUCUUCGCUGAACCGAUUAAGCAGUCAAAAAUGUAUUACUCUUUCCACCGGGCAAAAAAAAUUACUCCAAUUGUUUGCGAUUAAUUUAUAUCACCCGGAAAUUUUACUAUUAGAUGAACCUUUUAAUGGCUUAGACCCCACUAAAAGAACUUUGCUUAUUCGCAAAAUUAAGGAAGUUAGAGACCAAGGGGGUACGAUUUUAAUGUCUACCCAUAUUUUAUCCGAUUUACAAGAAUUAGCCGAUGAAAUUACUAUGAUUAAACCCACUCAGGGCGGCAGUCAAAUUGUUUAUAGCGGAGACAAAACUGCGGAUAUUCAAAAAACCUACGAGCAAUAUUUUGUGCAAGGAAAGGAAAGCGAUGAUUUAUUUGCUUAA